AUGCUCUUCACACCGGACAACGACACACCCCACUAUGCCGACUCCAGGAACAUGAACAAGAACAUGAGCAAGAACAAAACCAAGAACAAAAACCUCUUCAAAAGAAUAAAGAGGAAAAUAACUCCUAGACCAACUAGGAAACUACAAUCAUCCUCAACAACAACAUCCCAGCAAACACGGCCGCAAUCCCAACCAGUUCCAACCACUACAUCGCAUCUGGAAGUGCCCGCUCUCCUUAACAACGACUCGCAUUCAACAAGACUCGGCAGCUCAAAUGUCCCUAAUGCCUCCUUCUCCAAGUAUCUAAACAGCCCCUUCAACAUCCCUAUUUCACUGGAAACUAACCAGAAGAAGACUGUCGGUGCAGGCGAUGCUUCAAGCACAAUCGCUUCCAUGGCAACAUCCUCCGCUUCUUCAAUAAGGAGAAAUGAUGAAGCAGAUGAAGAUUUAUCCACUCCAUCUUCAAAGAAAAUAACAUCCACGGGAACGGGGACAGGUCUGUUCAGCACUUUGUUGAACGCUACUCGUCGUAAUAAGAACAACAACAUAACAUUGGACUCACCAAUUGUUAUUGAUGAUAGCAGGAAGAAAAAUAGUACAACGAGCAAAUCUUCCAAAAAUGAAUUACUAAGUAAUUUGGAUCUAAUAUUAGCAUCGAGGAAGAACGUUUCGGAUGUUACAACAAAUAGGGAGGCCCCAGCAACAGAUAGAAUAAGUUUUAAAUCAAUUCGGAAGAGUAAUGACACUAAUGCAGACAAGGAAACUAUAAAGGUUGGUACGGGGAAUUUAGAUUUACAGCAAUUCUUUUCCACUCCAAAUAUCAAAAAACCACCACCACAACCACCAAUGAAGAAUCAGAAGGGUAUAAGAUCAAUGGAAUCAUUGCAUACUACGGCACCUCCCGCACCUUCUACAACUACUAAUUCUUCUCCCAUAUUAUUAAAUAAUAAAAGACAUUCCAUGGCAACCUCUUCCUCUUCAAGGAAAAGAUUGAUUGCAUCAGAGGAAGAUAUUCCAAGACAAUCCCAGACAAAAACAAGAAAUCAAAGAUCGAAAACUAUUUCAUUUGGUACUCCACCUUCAAAUUCAAACUCAAACUCGACUUCAACCUCAAAUUCAAAUUCUAAUCCAAGAACAAACUCAAGGUCAUCAAUGACAUUUGGUGAUAGAGAAAGAAAUAGAAUAUUGAAAAACGUCAGUUCAAAUAUCCUGCCAAGAAAAUCUUUCCCUCCAGCUGAAUCAAAUUCAAGGGAGAGAUUAUCAAAUAGUAGUAUGUCAUUAAGUUUUAAUAAUCUAAAUCCAGUAGAUUUAGGCUUGAAAGUAUUACCAUUACCCCAUUCCGCCAUAAAAUAUUCCAUAAAUAAAGUUAAUGAUAUGGCUACAAACGUAAUGUUCCCCAAUAAUUUAUCAACACAGGCAAUCACGUCGGCACCAGCAAUACAAUCUCCUCUAAGAAGAUCAUAUAAUCCAAAUAAUACAAAUUUAACUUCAAACCACAAUCAAAGUGUAGAAGUCGAUAAUACAAUGUCCAUGGAUGAUGAAGAUAGUUCCAUUCAACCAUUAAAUAAUAUAGAGUAUGCUAAGGAAUCGAAAAAUGUGGAAUUUCAUAACAUCUUCAAAGAUACUGAGAUUAAUGAUAGAGAAAGAUUAAUUACAGACCAUGGAUGUGCCUUAUCAAGAGAUAUCCUCUUACAAGGUAGAUUAUACAUUUCAGAUCAACAUUUAGCAUUCUAUUCCAAUAUUUUAGGUUGGAUAACAACAAUUAUUAUUUCAUUUAAAGAAAUUGUUCAAAUUGAAAAAAAAUUCACUGUGGGGAUCUUCCCGAAUGCAAUAUCAGUGGAUACAUUACAUUCCAAAUACAUUUUCGCUUCAUUCUUAUCAAGAGAUUCUUUAUUUAAUUUAAUAACUAAUAUUUGGAAUCAAGUCAUAAUUAAUACAAGAGUGAAAGGUUUGAAACAAAAUGAUGAUGAUAAUAAUAACGAAAGUAGUUUUGAUGAAUCAUCCACUACUGAUUUCUCCGAUGAAUUGGAUUUCUUAGAUGAAGGAUCUCAAUUAACGUCAGAUAUGGAUUUGGAUCCAAAUAACAAAAAAAUUCUGAAUAAUAUACCGUCCACAGCAACAACGGCUGCCACUUCCCCCGGUGAAGAACCCACAUUGGGUCCCACAAAGCAUGAACCAACAGUGGCUCCCUACACACCCGAAUCCAAUGAAAAAUUAAUUAAAGAAACUGUCUUCCAGGCUCCAAUGGGUCAAGUAUUUAAUAUCUUAUUUGGUAAUGAUUCAUCCAAGAUGGAAUCCAUUUUGAAAGUGGGGAAAAAUUAUGAUAUUACACCAACUCCAAUCCCGAAAUUAAUACCAACAAAAACUCGUGAUUAUCAAUACAUUAAACCAUUAACGGGAUCCAUUGGCCCCAAUAAAACAAGAUGUAUAAUCAAAGAGACUUUGGACAAUUUCGAUCUUAAUCAAUUCAUUAAAGUGACACAAUUCACUUCCAACCCUGAUGUACCAUCAGGUAAUGUAUUCAAGACAAGAACAACGUUUAUUUUUACGUGGAACAAGGAUAAUUCAUGUAAAUUAGCAGUGUAUACCGUGGUUCAAUGGUCAGGAAGAAGUUUUAUCAAGGGACCUAUCGAAAAUGGUACCAUUGACGGUGUUACGACAUCCACUGAUAUUUUAAUUAAGGAGGUAAACCUUUUCCUAUCGGCUAGUGCACCCACAACUACAUCCUCUAAGAAACAUAAUGAAAUCAUAAUUUCUUUACCUACAAGAGGACCUGCUAAACAUCCAGCCACAGAAUUACCACCAUUGAAUAGUGCCACUACAGGAAUUAGUAUCGUGAAGGAUGUCAAUUUUAAGGCACCCCUGGGAACCACCUUUGAAAUAUUAUUUGGUAAUGACACAACUAAUUUGAAUAAGAUUCUUAAAUUGCAAAAUAAUAUUGAAAUAUCAGAGAUUCCUAAUUUCCAUGAGAAUUCAAGAGAAUAUUCAUACAUUAAAAAACUAAAUAAUUCAUUGGGUCCUAAGCAAACAAAAUGUAACAUUAAGGAAAUCAUUGAAAAUUUAGAUUUGGAAAAAUAUAUUCUCGUGAAACAAAUUACAAGGACACCAGAUGUACCAUCAGGUUCAAGUUUUACCAUUAAUAGUCUAAUUUAUUUGAAUUGGGGGAGGGAAAACUCCACUAAUUUAAAUGUAUUCACUAAUAUUGUAUGGACAAGUAAAUCAUUUUUGAAAAAUCAAAUUGAAAAGGGUUCCAUCGAUGGUCAAAAAUCAACAAUGAAGAUCUUAGUUAAUGAAGUUCAAUCCAUUAUUGAGAAUGCAACUCAUAUAAAGGGUGUUAAAUCAAAGAGGAGAACAAGAGGAAAAUCAGCUACCAUUAAAUCCGAACCCACGAAAGUCGAGGAACCACCAAAGGGGCAUCUGGAUUCAGUCUUAAGCUUGAUCAAGGGUAUGCCACUCCCAGAACUAACGGCAACGAAUAUCCUUUUGAUCAUAUCGGGAUUUAUCUUCUUCAUGUAUCUUCUCACUUCUCGUAGAAGUAGUGAUUACGGCACACCCAAUAUUGUCAUCUUGCCACAUAAUAGGAUUGACUUCAAUGGUAACCGCUACACCUAUGUACCCAGAGUCAAGACACUCUAUGAAAUAUAUGGGGAUGAAAGAAUGGGUAAAAAAUAUGAAAAAGAUGACAAGAUUUCAUUUAGACGUAUGCUAGCAGAUUCUCAAGGUAACUUAUGGGAUUGGAUUAAUGAUCGUGGUAAUGAAUCACUCUAUCCUGAUUUAAAGGAUGGAUCCCUACCUGAUAUGGCAUUGACAAAGAAAAACAUUAAAGACCUAAAAGAUACUAUUGAAGUUGCCGAGUUACAAUUACAGGAGUUGAAUAAAGUCCUGGAUAAAUUAAAGAAACAUUCAAAUACCCUUGUUUGA